AGUGAAGACUGGAACGGCUAGAGGGACGUGCGUAGCUGCAGCUCAAAGAAAAUGAAUGGCACACUGGAUCAUCCAGACCAACCUGAUUUAGAUGCUAUCAAGAUGUUUGUGGGUCAGGUCCCACGGAGCUGGUGUGAGAAGGAUCUAAGAGAACUUUUUGAACAGUAUGGUGCUGUCUAUGAAAUCAAUGUCUUGAGGGACAGGAGCCAAAACCCUCCUCAAAGCAAAGGGUGCUGUUUUGUUACAUUUUAUACCCGUAAAGCUGCACUAGAAGCACAGAAUGCUCUUCACAACAUGAAGAUCCUCCCAGGGAUGCACCAUCCUAUCCAGAUGAAACCAGCUGACAGUGAAAAGAGUAAUGCAGUAGAAGAUAGGAAGUUGUUUAUUGGAAUGAUAUCCAAGAAGUGCAAUGAAAAUGAUAUCCGAGUGAUGUUCUCCCCCUUUGGGCAGAUUGAAGAAUGCAGGAUAUUACGGGGCCCAGAUGGCCUGAGCCGAGGUUGUGCGUUUGUGACUUUUACAACAAGAGCCAUGGCACAAACAGCAAUCAAAGCAAUGCAUCAAGCACAAACUAUGGAGGGUUGCUCUUCUCCCAUUGUGGUAAAAUUUGCAGACACGCAGAAGGACAAAGAGCAGAAACGAAUUGCUCAGCAACUCCAGCAACAAAUGCAACAGAUCAGUGCUGCCUCAGUAUGGGGAAACCUGGCUGGUCUCAACACACUUGGACCCCAAUACUUAGCACUCCUUCAGCAGACAGCAGCUGCGUCAUCUGGGAACCUGAACACAUUGAGCAGCCUCCACCCAAUGGGAGGACUGAAUGCGAUGCAAUUACAGAACCUGGCUGCAUUAGCAGCUGCGGCCAGUGCAGCUCAGAAUACACCGAGUGGUACCGCUGCACUCACUUCCUCCAGCAGUCCUCUGAGUGUGCUCACCAGCUCAGCAGGUUCCUCACCUAGCUCCAGUAGCAGCUCCUCUGUUAAUCCAAUGGCUUCUCUUGGCGCAUUGCAGACACUGGCAGGGGCUACAGCAGGCCUCAAUGUUAGCUCUUUAGCAGGAAUGGCAGCGUUAAAUGGAGGACUUGGCAGUGGUGGUCUCUCAAAUGGGACAGGUAGCACAAUGGAAGCCCUCACGCAGGCUUAUUCUGGGAUCCAGCAAUAUGCUGCUGCUGCAUUGCCCACGCUCUAUAACCAGAGUCUUUUAACACAGCAGAGCAUUGGUGCAGCGGGAAGUCAAAAAGAAGGUCCAGAGGGAGCCAAUCUGUUUAUCUACCAUCUACCCCAGGAGUUUGGGGAUCAGGAUCUGCUGCAGAUGUUCAUGCCAUUUGGAAACGUCAUCUCUGCCAAGGUUUUCAUUGACAAGCAGACCAAUCUAAGCAAGUGUUUUGGUUUUGUAAGUUAUGACAAUCCUGUCUCUGCACAGGCUGCCAUUCAGUCAAUGAACGGCUUUCAGAUUGGCAUGAAGCGUCUGAAAGUACAGCUUAAGCGCUCAAAGAAUGACAGCAAGCCAUACUGAGCGCCCCUCCCCUCCGGGACUGGAGUGAGAAGGAUCUUCUGGUAAGUUGGAGAGGAGCGCACUUAGUGAUUCGAAGCCCUAAGGCUGUGUUUUUACAGUCCUGGAAGCUGAUCCAUGCCUUCUAUCUGGCACAUCUUCCCCUGAAGACUCGGCUGCAGCCUCUGCUGAGAAUCCCGCUUCGGAUGGAGGACAAGUUUGUGCUUUUGUUUCCAGUGUUUUACUUUGGAGUUUAGGUGCCAUAUCGCUGAGGUGUUGUUUUUUUUUUGUUGUUUUUUUUUUCCUUAUUUGAAGUUUGCUGUGUUUGUAACCAGUGUGUGUUGAGAAGGACCAAUGCCAGCUCCUUGUGAGUGGGGAGGGAAGGUUAAAAGGAGCAGCAGAAACUGACACCACACUGCCUUGGGGUAGAGAGGAGAAGGGGAAGCAGAACUGACACCACACCACCAUGGGGGAGAAGAGAAGGGAAAGCAGAAAUAACACAGAACAGCUGAUGAAAACAAAGAUGGGGAAGGAGAACUGAGUCCAUCCAAGUUUGGGACAGCAAAGAACCGUCUCCGUGCAGCCUUUAUCGUGCCCCAUCCACUCUUUGAAAUUUCCUUAACUGUAUGCCAUGGUGGGGAUUUAGUAAAUCAUCUCUGAAGCAGGAGACAGGCUAGAAGGGUGAACACAUUAACAAGCCAAAGGAAAACUGCAGUGAUUUUUGUUGCUGUAUAUGAAGUAGUGUUCAUAUAGCACUGUGAAUGUACACAGCACUUUAUAAAAUUAUUAGAUAAUGUCCCUGCCCAGAAAAUUUCACUGACCGUUUACAGUUGAAUAUUAAUGAGAUGCAGUGAAUUUCUCCAUAUUUAAGAAAACUUAUCCUGUGUACUUUAUCUAGGUUUUAUAGAAAGGCAUAGAGAGAGACAGCUUAGUUUGGAUGAAUACAUCUGGGGCUGGAGACAAGAAACUUUUGAUCCCUGGUAACCUGCAGAAUUUUUUUGACAAUUUUUCUUCUUAACAGUUCAUCACAUUCCCCAUUUCUGUGGAAUAAUGUCCUUUAUGCAGAGUAUUACUUUGAAUUCAUUCUGAUAAGCAUAAUGUAAGUGCUGUUUGUUUCUCUAUUAAAAUGACUGUUAAAUUGAGAUACAAAGCCCAGAGGUACCCUAACACAGCUCUUGAGGCUCCUGUUUCAUACUUGUUCUCAUAGGAUUUGAUUUCUCAGUCUUAACUCUGUUGCAAAAAUAACUUCUUGUGUUUUUUAAAAAAAAAACAACAAACACAAACCCAUUUGUGCAGUGAUUUGGUAAUUAGGUCUUUUUUUAUACUGCAGUUUUCCUUUAAGGUGGUGUGUACCAGUGCAAAACAGGCUAACACAGGAGCUGUGGAACCAGAGCAGAGCAUUGAGCCAUUCAGUCUUAUUCUGUCUUUCGGUACUAGCUGUUUAUUUUCUAUAUUGAAGGAAAAUUGAACACACCCCUUCAAUGAACACACACUUUUUCUGCACACUUGUGAAAUUGCUAAUGCAUUGCUAAGGGCCUUUGUUAUACACUGGUUUUAGGGGGCUCAAAGGACUUUUGACACUCUGGCCUGAGUUGUUUUAAGAGAUCAGAGUAGAGUCCCGUUUUAUAACCACCAAAAUUCACCUCUCUCAUAAGAGGAAGUUUACAAUUUCUGUGCGUCUUUAACAGAAGUUCCAUUUACCUCAUAUUUUCUCAUUUUUCCUUGUUUUCUUUGUAUUCCUGGUUUGUGAUGCUGUUUCCCAGGACACCAGCUAACGCUGUGUUUGGGAGCCAGCUGCUGAAUGAUGAGUGUGUGGGUCAGACAUAGGGUUCGGACUUUCUGUUCUGCUCCAGCAGGAGGAGCACUAAACCCAUCAAACCUGAGAUCACGUUCAGAAUCCGCAUCCAUGUUUGGUGGCCUGUUGGGAAUGCAGGGCAUUCCCAGGGGUAGGGUCCUCUGGGAUCUCAAACCUCAGAAGUACAAGGCCUGACCCGUAGUAUCCAAGAAGAGCCCUUUCCAUUCUUAAAUUGAAAAUCAAGCAGUUAGUUCAUGCCAGUCUGUCUAUAUUGAUGGCAGACAGGUAAAUCUAUCAGUAUUAUUCAAAUCAUUUUGUGGUGGCAAAGGUUCAAAGGCCAGAUUGCCAAAUUUCCCAGUUAUGCUGGCAUAUGGUACCCUUCUAUGUUAAUUAUUUGAAUCUCUCUAGAAACAUGAACAUACACUUAAGUGAACCAUGUACACUUGAAUUCUGCACGAUGGGAAAGAUGUGUCCUGGUUUUCUGAGAAAAGAGUGUUGGAGUGUGAAGGCCUCCAGGGUGAUAAUGGGAUUUUUUUUUUUAUAAAUAAUAUACUUUUCAAAAAAAAGAAAAAAAAAAGAAAAAAAAAAAACAUAGUUGAGAGCAACUGCUCCAAGUACAACCUGCUGUAACCAAGAAUGUUGUUUCUAUUUUUAUAGAAGUUUUAUACUGCUCCAGGGUGGAGAAUAUUUAUUACCUAAAUUAUUUCACUGGAAAAAAAAGGCCAGGGUUUUGUAGAAUCCUAAAUGUGAUUGUUUUACACACAUAAUGAUGUGCAUGAUUGAAACUACUGAUUUUCAGUGGCCUCUUUGCAGCCCCACAACUGCUAAAUGGGGAAGACGAACGCUGUGAACCAGUGGAGGAGAGCACUGUGCUCUGGGGUCUCUACAGUCACUCUUACCUUCUUUGCACCCUAGCCCACUGUACUAUCCGAGACCUUUGUCCUGUUCUUCUUUUAACCUGAUGCUCUGGCCUCUUUACUAGUUAUUUCAGUUGCCCAAAAUUAGGUAUUUUAGCUUCUGCAUCCUGUAGUGUGUCCUCAAUACUGUAGCUUAUGGAUCAAGUUUGGCAUUGUUGCAAAUAGGUGCAACUCCUGUUGACUUUAGGAGAUUCACCAGUUUACACUGUGGCUUAGUUUUAUCCGUGACUCCUCCCGGACAUAAUCACCUUAAGACACCUAAUUUGGGCUAACUCUCUUGUGCCUUACUGGCAUAACUGUAAGUAUUGCCAAAAAGAAGAAGAAAAAAAAAAAA